AUGUCAGCAAGUCGUAUAUUCGUCGUUACUGGCGCAAAUAAAGGAAUCGGUUAUGCAAUAGUGAAAGGUUUGGCGCAACAACUGUCGAAUGGAGUGAUUUAUUUAACGUCGCGAAAUGAGAAACUUGGAAAGGAAUCAUUUGCGAAAAUUGUCUCUGAAUUAGACGACAAAAAAAAGCACAAAAUCCGUUAUCACCAACUUGAUAUCACUGAUCGUAAGAGCAUUGAUAAUUUUGCAGUUUAUUUAAAAAAAGAACACGACGGUUUCGAUGUUCUUAUUAACAAUGCUGGAUUUGCAUUCAAAAAUGACGCUAGUGAACCAGCCGAAUUACAAGCUCGAACUACAAUUGGUAUCAAUUAUUAUGGUACAAAAAAAGUUUGUGAUAUACUAUUCCCACUAAUUCGAAGUGGAGGGAGAGUGGUGAAUGUAUGUAGUCAAAUGGGUAUUCUUGAUCAUCGUUAUAGUGAUGAAGUAAUCAGAAGGUUUACAGCUCCAAACCUUACAACAGCCGACAUUGACAACAUUAUCAAAGAUUAUGAGCAAGCUUGCAUUCAUAAUAAUCGUUGCGAGAAAGGUUUUCCAAAAUUUGCUUAUUCCUUCUCGAAAACAGCCUUAAUUGCGUUAACGUUUAUUCAAGCAAAGGAAUUGGCUGCAAGGAAUAUUAUUGUGAAUGCUUGUUGUCCUGGUUAUGUUAAAACUGAUAUGACAAGUCAUAAAGGUACAUUAACGAUAGAAGAAGGUGCUGUAACACCGAUCUAUCUGGCUACACUUCAAGAAAAUGAACCAAAUGGUGAAUUUAUUUAUUUAUGUAAACCAAUUAACUGGGUUAGCAAACGUCCUCAGUGA